CCGGGUGCGACGCGGCGGGCGCUCGCGCUGUCACCGUCAGGGGGCGUGGCCCGCCAGCCCGAUUGGCCGGCGGCGAAGGCUACGUAAUCAAGGGGGCACCGCCGAUUGGCUAGAGCUGGUGCAAGGGUUGCGUCAUGCGGACUUAAAGGGCGCGCGGCGGUGGAGGCGGCGGUUGCAGGCCGGCAGCAGCAGGAGAAGAUGCGGGCGAGGAUGAGCCGGAGGCAGCGCGGGAGCCGGGGCCAGGGGGAGCAGGGGCCGCGCAGGAAGUCUUCUAGACGAAAGUGCGUCUUCAUACAUCACCACACGUGAGAGCAGGGAGACUGCCUGGCCCAGACCUGACGAUGGCAGCUGAGCCAGUGCCCGCCUCCCUGCCCAGCUGGGAGCUGGAGGCCUGGUACGAGGACCUGCAGGAGGUGCUGUCCUCAGAUGAGCAUGGGGGGACGUCCCUGCCCCCCGAGGGAGUGGAACAGAAGGACCUUGCCACGCUUGAUGCCACAGCCCUACUAUGGGGCUUGGAUUGCCCAGCCCCCUUGGUGGAGCCGACAGGCGAUGCCCCCGAGAGCUGCGAGCUGGAUGCCAGCUUGACAGCCGAGCUGCUGGAGCUGCUGAGCGGAACGGCCGAGGAGCUGGUGGGGCUCCCUGAAUCCGACUCCAGCCAGAGCUCCCCGGCUCAGACCUGCACGGAGGACGAGGAGGGGGCAGUGAAGAGGAAGAGAAGCAGCCAGCCCCAGGGGCAGGGCAAGAAGCGGUGCGGGGAGAAGGAGCAGAAUGAGAGGAGGGUGACAGAGCUGGUGGCCGAGAACGAGCGGCUCAAGCAGGAGAUUGAGCGGCUGAGUGCGGAGGUGGAGGCCACCAGGGCGGCGCUGAUCGAGCGCAUGGUGAACCUGCAGAAAGUGUAGGGCUGAACUGAGCCCAAGGGGCUGCAGGGUCCUGUGCCUGUUGGACUCACAGUGGGCAGCUGGGCCCCACUUGCCACAAGACAGCUGUGCAGAGCCAGGACUGGACCUGAGGCUGAAUGGACCAGUGGCUGCCCAGGGCAGACUGACUCAGACCACAGCCCCGGGGGCCCUACGGCUGCUGGUGCUGCGGGCGGGAGCUCCCACUCCUGGUUGUGCCAGCGUGGUGCUUGGGGCUCGAAGCACUCGGCCACGUUCUCACAGGCCAGCUGGCACAACCCUGCACAUGAUGAACUGCUAUUUAACGAGGGCUGGUGACUCCCGCAGCUGCAGAAAGGGCUGUUGUAACGAGCGUCACAGCAUGUCUAGCAAACCCUUUAUUGUACGUCCCCACAUAGUCCUCCAUUACAGCCCAUCUGCCCGA